AUGCGCGCACUUGGCGGUGUCGCUCAGUCACGUGUACACGUCUAACUCGAGUCCCUCUUGUCUCACAGUGGAGCUGUGGUGUUUGCCGUCUGCUCGGAAUCCAAGUGGCAUUUCUGUCGAUUUCAGAGAAUGAGUGAUAACGAUGACAUCGAAGUCGACAGUGAUGAAGAGUCGUCGAGAUUUCACCCAGUGGCAGACAAGCGAGCACACCACAACGCACUGGAGCGCAAACGCAGGGACCACAUCAAAGACAGCUUUCACAGUUUACGUGACUCUGUGCCUUCUUUACAAGGAGAGAAGCACUUUGUCAAACAGGCUUCCCGAGCUCAGAUUUUAGACAAAGCCACAGAGUAUAUCCAGUACAUGCGCCGCAAGAACCACACGCACCAACAGGACAUUGAUGACCUGAAGAAACAGAAUGCUUUGCUGGAGCAGCAGGUCCGUGCUCUAGAGAAGGCCAAGGGGAACACGCAGCUGCAGGCCAGCUACUCAUCGGACAGCAGCUUGUACACCAACCCUAAAGGCAGUGCUGUGUCGGCCUUCGAUGGCGGUUCUGAUUCCAGCUCCGAGUCUGAGCCUGAGGAGCCUUCCACCAGGAAGAAGCUGCGUGCGGAGCACAGCUAGACACAUCCAUCCUGCCUGUCAGACUCUCUCCUCCAUCCUCGCCCCUUUCUGUCUCACCCUCCCACAACCUGUUCCUUCCUCUCUUUUCUCCUGUGUGUUCAGAAACCUGGGGAGUGUCUCGAAAGGCCUGAAGUUUCAGCCUUUCAUCUCUCAACACUGAUGCCACUUUGUGCGUGGAUCAAGCAAAGCUUCAUUUUCCUCCAAGGCGUGGCAGCUUGGCAGUUUUAAGACUGCGAUAUUUUUCAGCCUCUUCAAGUAGUCAUGCAGCAAGUAAUGUAAAGCAACAAACCAUUAUGUUUCCCAAAUGAGCUGAGAUAGAAAAAAGGAAAAUAGGCAUUUAAUAAAAAUAAUUUACAUUUGUAAUAUUUCUAAUUUUCCAUGAGAUAUACAAUGGUGCUUUUUAAAAGAACACAAGGUAUGUUGGCUGUAUGGUCCUUGUAUGGAAGCCUGGUGUUCUCCCCAACUUGGCAAAUAUCUGUUGCUGAAUUUGUUUAUUUAAUGGAAUGUUGAGGCUGUAUUUUGUUAAUGUGUUGUUUUUGCCUGAGAUUAUAAGUGGAAGUAGCUGGCCUCGACUUUUCCAUAUCCAGACUUCAUAGUUUUGGAACUUGGAUUUUUAAUCUGCUUCGCCAAAAGAGGACAACUUUUUAAUACAGGUAAACUUCCCUCCAGAAGUUGAAUGUCACCAUGUAGUUCAAAAGCAGUUUUUUGAUGACAUGUAAGUUUGUCCAUUUCAGUAUGUAGUAUGUGGCACUGUAUACUCUUAAACGUAAUUGUCUUGAUGGAAUAACCUUCCCCGCGAACCUGCCUGCCUAGGGAAUGUUUUGGUUUCAUUUGAAAGAGUGUGUAUGAAAUAUUGUGCUUUUAUUCCAUUCCAUGGAAAUUACAGGUAUGUUGUACAUACUGCCAACAGUUGUCUUGCAAGUUGAGGCAUACCUUUACUAUGAGACUCCAAAUAAAACUAUUUUAUCUUCGACCUUA